GCGCGGACCUACGUCACUUCCUCUUUCAAACUAACCUCACCAAGAUGGCACCGAAAAGGCAGCCUGUCGUUAAAAAAGGCAAGAAGGGUGCUUCCUGGAAGUUUACCCUGGACUGCACUCACCCUGUUGAGGACGGGAUCCUGGACUCUGCCAAUUUUGAAACCUUUCUAAAAGAGAGGGUGAAGGUUAAUGGCAAAACAGGCAAUCUAGGAAAUGUAGUGCAAAUUCUUCGUCAGAAGAACAAGAUCAGCGUCACAUCAGAAAAGCAGUUCUCUAAAAGGUAUCUGAAGUAUCUCACAAAGAAGUACUUGAAAAAGAACAACCUGCGAGACUGGCUGAGGGUGGUGGCGUCGGAUAAGGAAAGCUACGAGCUGCGCUACUUCCAGAUUAGUCAAGAUGAUGAAGAGUCUGAUGCUGAUGAGUAAAGGCUUUGUCUGGAAUUGUUUGUGUGUAGUGAGGUUCUGCAUAAGCUGUCACCAUCAAAAGCAGGACCAUGUGUUUUGAUAUUCUUUGUUAAUAAAAGGAUACACACUGAAAUAAA